AUGGAGGGUAAAGAUUUAUUUUGUGGCAAGUUACAUUGUGUGGAGAACACAAGAGAAUAUAAUGAAAUCUCAUCUCUUGUCAAUAUGUCAGUCUAUAGGAUCAGUGAAUUAGAUGGGAAGAUUAUGUUGGCGUCAGUAUCAGAAUCAGAUUCAAGAGUCCGAGAUUAUAAAGUAGCUGGAUCAAAAGUUGAUGGAAAGUUUUCAAAAGUGCUUGGAGAGUUGACUGUGUCAUUUACAAAACCUUCUGAUUGUUUUAGUACAGCGUUUGGAUGUGAUGUAUAUUACACAAAUAGAAGAGGUCUCAUUGAGAUGAAAGAAAAUAAAACCAAACCUGUUGACCAAGACAAUUUUAAGCCUCUGAUGUUGAUGACCUUAGAGGCUAAAACUCCAGAGUUUGAUAAAACAAUUGAUAGAAUGUCAGAGUUUCUAAAAACAUUUAAAUAUUCUGAUAAGUUAAACAGAGCUGACUUGAAGAUGAAUUUACAGUUUUUAACAGACCACAAACAUUCUAACCUUAGUUAUCAUAAAACAGAAUUAACAAAGGAGAAGGGUGAUGAAACUCUGUUAAAGUGUGCCAACCUGAACGAUCGUGUUUUUACGGACAUGACAAAGAUUGGAGUAGAUGUCAGCAGAACAUUGUGUGAUAACAGGACUGACGGUGGAGGAUGGAUUGUUAUUCAGAGACGUAUCAAAGGUGAUGUAAACUUUACAAGAACUUGGAACGAUUAUAAAAACGGAUUUGGUUCAACAUCUGGAGACUUUUGGAUCGGAAAUGACGUAAUUUCUCACUUAACAGAUUCGGGUUAUAAUGAACUCAGAUUUGACAUGAAGUAUAAAGGUAAAGACUACCACGACGUGUACAGAGGUUUUAAGGUAGAAAAUGAAGCAGCAAAGUAUAAGAUGAGCUACACGUCAUUCCGUGGUGGGAAUGUUGUAGACUGGUUUAGUUUUCACAACGGCAUGAAGUUUACAACCAUUGACUCUGAUAACGAUAAGUGGUCAGAUGGAAAUUGUGCUGUAGACUACGGUAGCGGUGGGUGGUGGUAUAGGGAUUGUCACAGGGUUAACGUCAACGGUGAAUGGGCGAGUCGUGUUCAUAUGAAUGGAAUUAAUUGGUAUGGCAUUACAGACUUUACUGACUCUCUAGACUUUGUUGAGAUGAAACUUCGUCGAAUGUAA